GUCAAACCCAAAAGACAACUAAAGCUUUCAAAAUGAAACUCACAACUGUUCUAGUGGUUUUGGCAAUGGUCUUUGCAGUCGCAUCGGCCAUUGCUUUCCAAAAAAGAGAAGCUCAUCAAGAAGUACCCGAAGAGCAACAAGUACCACAAAAUAGCGUAAACAAAAGACAAGCUGAUGAUGUGCCAGAAACGCAAAACGCAGCCUAUGAUGAACAAGGACCUUCUGAAUCCGACAUCCCGAAAUCAUCGAUGGCCAAACGUCAAGCUACUCAAGAACCUGAACAUCCUCCAGAAGAAAUGCCAAAAUCGCAAUUGGUUAAAAGACAAGCACCUCAAGAUCCUGAAGAAGCUGGACAAGAAAUGCAGCAACAGGGGAAAACUAUGAGCAAACGUCAAGCUGGUAGUGGAGCAGGUGCCAACGAAGGUGCAGGCGCAGGAGCUGGUGGUCAUGCCGGAGGUCAAAUGGGAGCUCAAGCAGGUUUUGGAUUCGGCGGAGGCGUCAGCGGAGGUGCAGGGGCAGGAGCAGGAGCUGGUGCAGGUGGCGGCGCAGGUGGAAACGGUGGUGCUGGAGCUGGCUAUUGA